AUGGCAACUGGAGGUGGAAACAUUGAAUACCAGUCAGAAGAUAGUGCUAGACCCAGAAGUGAAAAGCAAAUAACAAAUCCAAACACAGACAGGGGUUGGGCCUGGAUGGUGGUUCUGGCAUCUUUCAUCAUGCACGUACUUGUUAUGGGAUCACAGAUGGCCCUGGGGAUACUUUAUGUUGAAUGGCUUGAGGAGUUUAAUCAAAGUCGUGGAUUGACAUCAUGGAUUGGAUCCUUGGCAAUGGGCAUAUCACUUAUUGUUGGUCCAUUUGUGAGUUUUUUUGUGGAUGCAUGUGGAUGUCGCACAACAGCAGUAAUUGGAGGGAUAAUAACCACACUGGGCUGGGCACUGAGUGCAUAUGCAACAAGUGUUUACUAUCUCUUUAUUUCAUUCGGAGUAGUGACUGGGAUUGGCAACGGUUUGGCAUACCUGCCGAACAUAGUCAUGGUGGGACAAUAUUUUCAAAAGCGACGAGCACUGGCACAGGGAAUAAGCACAACUGGCACUGGGUUCGGAGCUUUCCUUGUAACCAUUUUACUUAAAACCCUCUCUGCUGAGUUUGGAUGGAGAGGUACAAUGUUGAUUCAUGGAGCAGUAAAUUUAAACCUGUGUGUCUGUGGUGCUCUAUUAAGACCACUUUCAUCCAACAAAGGAAUUGUACCAGAGAUACGUGAUAUGCAGAACUGGAACAGGAAGCCUCCUGAGAGUGAUCACACAGCGCUUGCAAGUGACAACCAAAAUGCUGAAACAAGGAAGACUGAUAACAAUGCAGAGGGCUGUAAAGAAAAUACAAACAGAGACUGUGUGACAACCGCAUCAGAAACUAAAUGGAAAUAUAAAGACACUAAAGACAUAAUCUUUAAGGACAUGAAUACGUUAAGCCUCUUUAAAACACUUAGCCAGUGUGCAAACUCUGUGAGGCUAGGAUUUCACUUUUGGUAUUCAAGCUACUUCGGAGGUGAAUCCCUGUUCCAAAAUAAGGUUUUUGUAGCGUUCAUUUUCUGGGCUUUAUUUGCUUACUGUAGUUUUGUUAUACCCUUUAUUUAUCUGCCAGAGAUUGUAAAACAGUAUGGUUUAUCCUCAGAAAAUGACAAGCUUCCUCUAACCUCAAUCAUUGCUAUAUUCCAUAUUUUUGGAAAAGUGAUCCUGGGUAUAAUCUGCGACUUCCCAUUUGUCAGUGCCUGGAAUGUAUUACUCUUGUCUAACUUUUGUCUUGGCAUCUGCAUUUUGAUAAUUCCACUCAUGCACACAUUUAUUGAUCUGGCCAUUGUAUGUGCAUUGAUUGGAUUUUCCAGUGGGUAUUUUUCAGUCAUGCCCUGUGUAACUGAAGAUUUGGUGGGACUAAGCAAUCUUGCCAAUGCUUAUGGUAUCAUCAUCUGCGCUAAUGGAGUAUCUGCAUUGCUGGGACCCCCGUUUGCAGGCUGGAUUUUUGAUUUGACAAACAAAUAUGACUUCUCGUUUUAUGUAUGUGGUCUCCUCUACAUGUUUGGAGUAUCCUGCCUGUUGAUGAAACAUUUUGUCCAGAUAAAGGAAAGCACUGAAAAGAAAAAUUAUGCAAAUUCAGAAGCUGACACACCUGUGACAAAAGGUUCUAAUAAAAUACUCCCAUUGUACAAAAAAUCUCAUAUGUCAAGUCUUGGACAGUAG